UUGAGUAUAAGUACUACCCCAAGCAAGCUAAAUAGUUGUUGAUUCUGGUACAACCCCUCUCCGGUACCUGCUACCCUAAUCCGUGUUAGGAUUUCAGUUGAAAUCUAGACGUCGUCGUGGGUGUUACCUAUUGUUUAUCACCAUUGUUUGUGUAUAGUUACGUUUUAACUGUGAAUAUUGUCUGUGUGGCUGUAAAUAUUGCAAGAAAUUUUAAUGGAUUCUGAAAAUUCAGGGUUACCAGGUGGUUCCAACACUACACUAGUUACUCGAAAAUCUUUAUUCGAUAGGAUGCAACAACAAGACCUACCUAAUUUCAACGAAAAAUUGGAAUAUGUCGCAAACGACCUUUUAUUGUGUAACGAUUAUUCCGAUGAAGAAAUUGAAGAGAUGAAGCAUACAUUUUCAUAUUUGAAAUCUGAGUUCAAGCAGAGGUGGAUAAGAGCUCAUAAAAAAGAGGAUGUGUUCUUGAAAAAUAAUGACAAAUGGUUACAAGAACGUUUCUCGAUCCCAAAAGGUAAGCAGCAGCGUUCUGGUCGACCGCAAAAAACAUUUUCCGAAUCUUCUGAGAGGACCAAACGCAGAAAAACAAAAUCGAUUCGAAGUGCGAUGAAUACAGAUGUAUUGGUGCAAGCAGCUCAGACAUUAUUACAAACUUCUGGUCAGAGGGAUGCCUCAACUGUACUUAAAGACCUAACUAAAUGUCCGAAGCGUGCUGAGAAAUACAAAAAGGCUUUUCGUAAGUCCCUGCAGGAUAAUGAACAACAACUUACACCAUUACAAGCGCUAUCACUGUUUGUUGAAGCUGACCUUCAAAGCGGCAGUAUGAAAUAA